AUGCGGAGGGAGAGGGAAAGGGAGUGGGAGAAAUUGGAGAAGAAGAGGGGUCAGGGUCAGAGUUCGGAUCAAGAUGGGUUUGGUAAUGCGGGGAAAUUCUAUAACAAUGGAAUAGGGAUGAAGCUGUUGGAAAAGAUGGGUUAUAGAGGGGGCGGUCUUGGAAAGAAUGAGCAAGGUAUUGUGGCUCCUAUCGAGGUGAAAAUGAGGGCUAAGAAUUCAGGUAUUGGUUUUAGUGAUGCAAGGGAGGUGCCGCCACCACCGUUGCCUGUUUUGCAGCAACAGAACAAAAGCACGGUGGGAGCAGUGCAGCCUGCGGCUAGCAGAACAAAGGAGAGGCUGUGGUCAAAGCAGUCACGGUUGAAGAAGAAGAAAGAGGAGGAAGUGUAUGUUACUGCUGAGGAGUUGUUGGCAAGCAAGCAAGAACAGAAUUUGGAGGUUGUUCAGAAGGUUUAUGAUAUGAGGGGGCCACAAGUUCGGGUUUAUACAAAUUUAUCUGAUUUAAAUGCUGAGGAGAAAGCAAAGGAGGAGGAUGUCCCAAUGCCGGAACUUCAGCAUAACGUUGGAUUGAUUGUUGGGUUGGCGGAGGCUGACAUUCAAGAGAUUGAUAGAGAUUUGAGGAGAGAAAGGGAGACAGCUCUCAGCUUGAAAAAAGAAAAAGAGAAGUUAGAAUCUGAAGCAGCAUUCCAAAAGCGUCAACUGGAUAAUAUGGAGGAAAUAAUGAGCGUCUUGGACGAAGUAGGCGAAGAGAGCACUUCAGGAACACUAACAUUAGAUUUCCUUGCUAGAUGCUUCACUGACUUGCAUGAGAGAUAUGCCGAUAGCUACAAGUUGUGUAAUUUGUCCUGCAUUGCUUGCUCAUAUGCUCCUCCUUUGUUUAUUAGAGAGUUCCAAGGUUGGGAUCCUCUUCGAAAUCCAUCUCAUGGGUUGGAGUUGGUAUCUACGUGGAAGACUGUCUUUGAUGCUGUAAACUGGGAACAACUUAUGCUUCGAUUUAUUGUGCCUAAGUUGCAACUUGUCUUGCAAGAGUUUGAAGUCAAUCCAGCAAGUCAGAAGCUCGAUCAAUUUUUUUGGGUAAUUAAAUGGGCUUCUGUGAUUCCAAUUCAUAUCAUGGUGGACAUGAUGGAGAAGUUCUUCUUCACAAAGUGGCUUCAGGUUUUGCAUCACUGGUUGUGCUCAAAUCCUAACUUUGAAGAAGUUAUGAAGUGGUAUAAUGGAUGGAAGGAGCUUAUUCCAGAAGAACUAUUGGCAAAUGAAAGUAUCCAAUUCCAGAUUAACCGUGGUUUAGAUAUGAUGAGUCAGGCUGUUGAUGGAAUGGAGGUUGUCCAACCGGGUUUGAAGGAGAAUAUAAGCUAUCUUUGGGUUCGUGAGCAACGACAAUUUGAGGCUCAGCAAAAAGCAGCAAGCUAUGCUCAACAGCAAGCUGCUGCAGCAUUGGGUGGUGCCAACGCAGAUGGUGUGCAUGAUUUGAGCUUGAAAGAAGUCAUUGAGGCUCAUGCCCAGCAUCAUGGUUUGUUGUUCAAGAUUAAGCCUGGUAGAAUGCACAACGGUCACCAAAUAUAUGGGUUUGGUAAUGUCAGCAUAAUAAUAGACUCGCUACAUCAGAAGGUAUAUGCUCAACAUGAGGAAACAUGGUCCUUGGAAUCUCUUCAAGGAUUGCUAGAGUUGCAUAAUAAAUCCCUUGGUAAAAGACACUGAUUUCUGUAUUCUAGUGUAAUUAAAACACAAAAUAUUAAAACUCAAAGGGAGCUGUUGA